AUGGCUAGCCCUGUCAACCUCGAAAUCGCCGAACUAAUGCGCGAAGUCGGUCUCAAAUGCAUAAGUUUCAACGGCAUCCCCCGAACAAUAAACAGUUUAAACGCCUUUAAAACAAGCCUCCCCGAGACAAUCGCCGAUAACCUCUCUAAAACCCCCACCCGCACACCCACACCAGAAAACAUAACGUCCAUCAAAGACCGCGGCCACACCCUGUGGGACUCAAUCUAUCGCCCCUUCGAGAAAAAGCUCUACAAUCGCCUCGCAGAUUCACACCCCGAUUUGCCUGUCAUUAUUCUGAAUAGUCACUACGGCGCUUUACUCUCGGACCCCGCGGAGCGUGCCGCUAGCACCAGCGCCAGCAGCAGUGCGGGCCGUGUGCUCACUUCUAUCGUUGCCAUUGCAUGUUUGCGCGCGCAGUCGGGUGUGGCGCCGCAGGUUCUUUCGCAUGUUUUUGGACUGCGGAAGGCGCUGGAGGAUGGUUCUUGGACGAGUGAUGUUGAGAGUGAGCAGGGGGCGCGGUGGUUGGCGAGUGAUGAGGGGAAUGAGUGGAUUCUGAAUAGUGUUGAUAAGAUUGUUAAGGCUAUUGGGCAGGGGCAGGGGUCGAACUUUGCUCCUAUGGCGAAGUUGUAG